CAACAAUGUCUAAAAAAUUCCUUCUUUAACACCUGCUUCCAGUUCAUGAGAUCAUACAUCCACAAACCUUGCGCACCUAUUACAGACGAGGAAAAUGAGAUUGGCAAACAGUAUCUUGAUACCGAAUACCCCAUUUAUUCCCAUGCCUUCAAACAUGCGCCUAUUGUCUUGGUAGGCCACCAAUUGAAUGUUUUAGACUUGCUCGGUGAUAAACUCUUGUGUUUCUACAGUACUCAAAACAUUCCUAAUCCUAGCAUUCAGCCCAACAACAGAUCCAGAAGUUAUGCGGUAAGCACCCCCUUAAACCUGAUGGGUAAAUAUGUUAUGAUUUGUUGCGUGUUUGUUCCUUCGAUAUGGUCUUCAGCCGAUGCGCGCAUGAUUUAUCACACAUCUUUAGCUUCUCACGAGCUCGCUAGAAGAGGCGAUUUUGCGCUGGUGGUGGUGCCAAUGAUGAGGAAUGGUUUCACUCAUUCCUUCUCUGCCUAUGAACACUUCUUUUCGGGCUUUUCCUGCCUUGCUGUCCCUUUCGGUGAAUAUCUUCGCCGUGAGUACAUUUGCUCGGUGCUUGGUUUUGAUGGUCAGCCUAAAGCUUUGAUUCUUGAUCCAUCUCAGAGGGUGCUUUACCAUGGCCAGCCCAAAAUGUUUAGUCGGUUUGGAGGAGCUGAGGGUGGUGCUUUUCCCUUCACUCCGGAUAGAGUGGGUGCUUAUUUACGCCAUGAACGUGGUUGGCAUGAUCACUACUCCCUCAAUGAGCUUUUGGGCCUUAGAGACACUGAUGUUCUCUACAACAUUGGGUAUUAUCAUGCUGGCAGUGAUCGGUUGGAGGAUGAGGAGGAUGGUCGUCGUGGUAUAACUAUUUCAGAACUUAAAAGAAAGUUUGUGGGGAUUUAUGUGUGCUUUGAUGGUAGCAGUUUAUAUGAGCUUGAGGCGGUUUACAAGGAAUGUUGUAAACGGGGGAAAGAGUGUGAGCUUGAGAUUGUGGUGGUGGGUGUUCCCUUUGUUGGGAUGGAGCCCCCAAAGUUGAUGGAGAAGUUUAUGAUUGAAGCUCUUGAGAGUGUUAAGCUGCUAGGCUGGUGGUUUUUGCCUUUCAACAACACUGUGAGCCAUAGGCUAUGUCGGAUGCGAAGUGACAGUCAGGAGGAUGGCCUUUUCAUUGUGGAUCCUGUUAGAAAGUACGUGGAUGUAUACGGAUUUCCAGUCAUGGCUGACUUUGGCGGCGUGGACGCUUAUCCCUUCAACAGGAGGAAUUUGAUCGAGAAGGAGUUCGAAAGGAAAAUGGGACUGAGAUUGAAGUCAUUACUACCUUCCUGUUGGGAACAACAUGUAAUUAAAAGGCUCAAUAAUAUGGAUGAGGAGGUUCCUUUGGCACAAGUGCUUGAGAAGAUGCCUUUUGUUGUUCUUUAUAUGUACAAAGGGGGGAAGGUCUUUGAAAAAAAAAAUAAAAUAUGGUGGGGGUAUGAGGAUGGUGAUAAACUGGCGGCAUGGUAUAAGAAUGAAAUUAGGGGAAAGGGGCAUUCAUCUAGUGUGGUGGUGGUUACUGUGAGCAUGGAUGGCAUUGAUGGUGAUACUGAUUGGUUCCUUGAAACGGAGUGGUCGGUGUGCCCUGCAGACCCAUUCAAGUCAGCCAAAAUUUGUGAUGAAUACUUCUUCCAUCGUCAAUGUAGGCCAGACGAGGUGGUUGUUGCAUUUGGGGAAGAUGGUCGGAUUCAAUCUUUGGAUGCGUCUCAUAUUAUGGAAUGUCAAGGCCCUCCUUUCCAUGCCAAUAAUCUACAUGCGGAGAUUGCUAAGGAAUUUUAUAAGACUGGGUUUCUUUACAUGUAUCAUGCUGCAGCACUUUGACUACCUGGCUCCCAAUGCAUGUUACAUUCCCACUUAUAUAUCGUCGUCCCAGGGGUCAUUUGUAUGCAUUGACAAAACCACCGACAUUCUACUCAUGGCUAUCAAGUCAUCUACUAUGCAUCCGGUUGCUGGGAAGGGACAAUAGAGUAGUUGUAGGCUAUAUGCGUCCUCCGGUCACUAGGAAGGGACAAUUGACGGAGGCGACGGGAGUGAAUGACAGUGAAAUCCAAAUCUGAAACCCCUAAAAACCCAGGGUGCAAGUAGAUCCGGUCCCACUAGCCCCAGAGGGAAGGAGGUCUGCCCCCGCCGCCGUGCUCAUCCCAGCCGUCCUGUUUAAUUUACUAGUAGAUCUGUGAGCCUGCUUUCUUUUUAUCCUUAUUUUUUUUGGAGGGCCUAAGGGUAGGCACAUGUAGGUGUAAUUUAUACUCUGUACCCUUUUUAAACCUUCUCUGAAUGAUGCUUCUAUUUAAUAUUUAUUUCCAGAUUUUUUGUUUACUAUUUUGUUUAGUAUUUUUAUUAUCAGAUUAAGCAAUAGUCCCUUUGAAUAUAAUCUGUGUAUGAAUGAGCAAUAAGAUCAUGGGUUCAGG